CCUGGUGAAGUGUUGGUGAUUGCACUAAACUUCUGCAAGUGGAAGCUCUGAACUUGAAAUCGAAGCAACCUAGAAGACAAAGAAAUUGAACGAAAAAGAAGUUCACUUUGGAAUCUAUCUGAAAAUGGUCAUUAUUCUCUUUCUCUAUGCAUUUGUUGUAUAAUUGUAUGUGUAUUUGGCGGGAUUGCACUGACUGAGAAAUACUCCGCAAUCAUUUAUCUGAUCAGAUAUGAGCUUUCUCAAAGAAUUGGCGGAAACCCUAAGCUCGAUUUUCUACGAUCACCAAUCAGCAUCUUCUUCUUCUUCGUACCAGUCUCAGCAAAAUCCUGACGGUCGACCGAUGGACGGCGUGAGCACCGGGAAUGAGCGCACGGCAUACAAGCUCAAAAGCUACUUUGAUUUGGCCAAAGAAGAGAUCGCCAAAGCGGUCCGGGCCGAGGAGUGGGGUUUAGCUGAAGAUGCCGUUUCACAUUACCAAAAGGCGCAGAGAGUUCUGUCGGAAGGCAUUUCUACUCCCGUUCCUUCGUAUAUCACCUCUAGUGAAUUAGAGAAAGCAAAAUCUUAUCGGCAAAAGAUGUCACAGUGGCAGGGUCAGGUUGCAGAGAGAAUUCAAACUUUAAGCCAAAGAGCAGGAAUUUCCAGUAGUACAUCUGUAAUCAAGAGUGGUGCUCCUCGGGUGCAAAGUACAUCUGCUCCACCAACAAGCUCUUAUCUUAGAAGAUCUGCAGUUGAAAAACCUUCUGUCUCCAGUAAUGCCAGCGCAGUUAGGAUUCAGUCUAACAAAGCAGGAAGCUCAAAACCUGUGCAAAAUUCUGGAGGUGGAUAUGAUGCAAAAUUGGUUGAAAUGAUAAAUUCUGUGAUAGUGGAUAGAAGUCCUUCUGUAAAAUGGGAAGACAUUGCUGGCCUAGAAAAGGCAAAACAAGCUCUGUUGGAAAUGGUAAUAUUGCCGACCAAAAGACGGGAUCUCUUUACUGGCCUUAGAAAGCCUUCAAGAGGCCUGCUUCUUUUUGGUCCACCCGGUACUGGUAAGACCAUGCUUGCGAAAGCAGUUGCUUCAGAGUCACAGGCAACCUUUUUCAAUGUUUCUGCUUCCUCCCUAACCUCAAAGUGGGUGGGAGAGGGUGAAAAGCUUGUCCGGACCCUUUUCAUGGUUGCCAUUUCCAAGCAGCCAUCUGUUAUUUUCAUGGAUGAGAUUGAUAGUAUUAUGUCAACUAGGACGGCCAAUGAGAAUGAAGCCAGCAGGAGGUUGAAAUCAGAAUUUCUAAUCCAGUUCGAUGGGGUUACAUCUAGUUCAGAUGAUUUGGUAAUUGUCAUUGGUGCGACAAAUAAGCCACAGGAAUUGGAUGAUGCAGUUCUCAGGAGAUUGGUGAAGAGAAUAUAUAUUCCUUUACCAGAUGCUGGUGUUAGAAGACAGCUCCUAAAGCACAGACUAAAGGGGCAACAAUUCUCUUUGCCUGAUGGAGAUCUAGCAAGACUUGUGAAAGAGACAGAAGGGUAUUCUGGAAGUGAUCUUCAAGCGUUGUGUGAGGAAGCCGCAAUGAUGCCAAUCAGAGAGCUUGGUUCUAACAUUCUCACAGUGAAGGCAAAUCAGGUACGAAGUCUGAGAUAUGCAGACUUUCAGAAGGCCAUGACUGUGAUCAGGCCUAGUCUGCAAAAAAGCAAGUGGGAAGAGCUUGAGCAGUGGAAUAGAGAGUUUGGCGCGAACUAAGAGUUACAUAUGCAUUAGAUGACUGCAAUUGAGAUUUGAGAGAUGCACAAGAGGAAAGACUAGCAAUGAAAAAAACAUGAUAUAGACAUAUAGUAUAAGUUGUAACCUCCUCAUUCCAUUCAACUGAAGGCCAUCGAUAUGCAAGA